UUGCUGCCCGUCAUUGAAAUUUUUGUUUUAAGUCACAUUGACUUGAAGAAGUGGGAUUUGUGGGAUGUGGUACUGCAUGUGCUCAACAACCACGACGACAAAGCACCUCGUGACGUCAUUGACAAGUCAAUCUGGUUCCUUUUCAUGCAGUUAAACUGGGAUUUGGUCAGACUUGUUCGAGACCAAGAACCAAACAAGACGGAAGCGGUGAAGAAAUUGAAAAAGCGUCGUGAUCAAUUUUUGCACGAUGUCAAUAUAAUUCUUAGUGAAGGUGCCUCUGGAGUUGAACUGGCGUUCCAGUGUCUAAAUGAUUCUCUCAUUAUGUUCAAUGAAGAGCUGAAAUCACAUGGAGCCCACCUUGAACCGCUUAUUGUGCGGCUAGACAACGACUUCAUACAAAAGAUGCAGUCGUUUGUGAAUGAUAAUGUCUUUACUCCUCCAUCAGAAGAUACGCAACUUGAUCAACAACAGCAAGUCGAACUCAUGCACAUGAAGCGAAGCUUGCUAGCGCAGUAUUGCAAAAUGGUUCUUCAUGGUGUAUUCCCAAUUAGAGAUGCUUCGUUCGUCCUCAGAUACUACUGCGAGUUCUACACUGACUUUGGUGACAUCCUGAAACAGCUGUUGUACAAGUGCCGCGAUCUUAACUUUGUCGCUUGUGCCAAAGCCGUCACCAGGUCCCUCACGGAUGUUUAUGAAAGCAUCAGAAUGAACACCGGGCUCGAAUUUGUUGAUCCACUGUCGGAUGCCUUCCAUCAAUUACGUGAUUUGGCGAAGAGAUUUGCUGUAGCGUUUGGAAACGAUCACAUCAAGAAUCGCGAAGCCGUGGCUGUGGUACACAGGUUUGCGUUCGAAUGA